GCUCCGGUCCAACGCAUCCCGCUCCCCCGCCCCUUUGUCCCUCCUCCUCCUCCCUCCAGUUCCGGGUCGUGACACGUGACUUCUCCGCCCCCACAUGUCCGACCCUCCCCACCUCCUCACCACCACCACCACCUCCUCCUCCCCAAACUCUCCCACCUGCCGGACAGAGUCUCCUGUCGGGACACUGUGCCAGAAGACGCCAGAAGAGGCGAGCUCUCCAGCGUCCUCCUCAGAAAGCAGUGCAAAGGAGCUCUGCCAAGAAAUGAGCGUUCAAGACACUCCAUUCGUUCCAACAGUCACCGCAAUUUCCUCUACCCCAGAUUUCCAGUGGAUGGUCCAGCCUACGAUUAUUACAUCUGUCUCCCCUUCUCUGGGUAGCAAGCAAGCCAAUGAACCACAAAGCUCUCACCAGGCAACACCCAAAGAGGGCGGGAAUAAGGGAAAAAAUGCUGUCAGAAAGGGGAAAACAGAGCAGCUGUCUCCAGAGGAGGAAGAGAAAAAGAGGAUAAGGAGGGAGAGGAAUAAAAUGGCUGCAGCAAAGUGUCGCAACAGACGGAGGGAACUCACCGACACGCUGCAAACUGAGGCAGACAAGCUGGAGGAGGAAAAAGCAGCCCUGGAGACGGAAAUAGCCAACCUCCUCAAAGAGAAAGAGCGUCUCGAGUUUAUCCUCGCCACACAUAAACCCAUGUGCCAGAUGUCAGACGAGCUGGAGUCCAUUUUCCAGGAGCCCGCGGGGUCCCCAGAGCUACCGCCCAGUCCAGACGAGGACAGCCUUCCAGACGAUGGCACCCAGGAAGCUCCUUCGCUCCAGGACAUGGAGAUCCCCAGUGAUCCGUCCACGGCGAUCUCUGGGAACUCCAAUAUCUUGCUGUGUGCCAGCGCCGAAAUCAACAUCUGCGAUCUCGAGCCCUCCCUGGACAUUAAGGAAGGGCUACUGGAAAAUAUGUUGCCCAGUCUGGAGGAGAAAACCCCCAUGGAGACGGCUCGAUCCGUGCCAGACAUUGACCUGAGCAGCUCUCUCGGGGUCUCGGACUGGGAGACCCUGUACAAGUCUGUCUCCAGUGACCUGGAGCCUCUCAGCACUCCUGUGGUGACCUCCACCCCCACCUGCAGCAACUACCUGUCUGUGUUCACAUUUGGGUGUCCCGAGCUGGACUCUCUCACAGAGGGACUGGACAGUCAUAAAGGUGGAGGGAGCAAAGCCGAAUCAGUCGAUCUACUCAACUCUCCAACUCUUUUAGCCUUAUAAUGUACAGAGGGAAGUGAUCCGUGUGAUCUCUCUGGCCUUUUUUUUUUUUGUCCUGCAGGUUUCCUGACUUUGAAACGAUAUCGAACAACAUAUGCCACAGUUUGCUGUAACACCUUCAAGGAAUACGUUCAUGAAAUGUCUCGUGCGUGACUAAACAAACAUAUAAACUUUCUCCAGAUAACAUAGCCGACAGAUUGAUGUAGCUAAAAGCAUGGCUGGGACUGAGAUGAAGUUUUGAUUUUUUUUGAAAAAAACGCAUGCUGACGAAUUCCAAAUACUUUUCAGAGCUUAUAUAUAUAUAUCUGAUCUGUUCCUAGAUCUAAGAUGUACUGUGGAAUUUAAUGUUACAGUAUGGUUUUUGUGCUUUGUUGUUAACAGUGUAUUGAUUGAUGUAAAUGUUGUAUUUACAUAUUCAUCCAUGUUGAGUACCUCGCAUACCUCAAUGUCAUCGACUGUGGUUUUGACCUCAUUGAAAGUUUUCCAUGAAAACAUCCAGUGCUAUAUAUACAAUAUAUAUCUUAUCAAGAUGUAUGUAUUAUGAUUUAUUUUUUUACCUUUCAGAUUCUUUGUUAAAUUAAAAAAAAAAAAAAGGUCAAAAUGAGCAUUGAUUGCUUAUCUAUGCUGCUGAAUAAUUACAAUAAACCUACAUUCAGAGUGGUG